AUGCCCGACCUGGCAUCCAAUGAGCCGAAUGGCCGAAAAUGUGCUGUCUGUAACGUGGUGAAAAGCUAUGGGAACGUGACACCGCGAACGACUCUGGGCAAAGGCUUCGCCAUGGGCUACGCAGCCCUGGGGAUCCCGCUGAUGCUCAUCUACCUGACCAGCGUGGGCAGCGUCCUGGCCUGGUGCGCCCGGAGCGUCUUCUCCCGCUCUCUCUGCUGCUGCCUCUGCUCGAAGUGCGGCUACUGCUGCUACGACGAGAAGCUGAUGCAGGAGAAAGAGCGGCGCAUGCGCAUCAAACGGGAACAGCGCGAACUCGGGCGCCUGGCGCACAACCAGCGACACCAGGAACCCUACUACGUCCGCUCACCCUCCUCGACCUUCACCUCGGCCUCCGGGCUGGACAAACACUCGAUCGAAGAAACCUCGAGCAAGAUCGAGCACCGCCACUUCAUAGCGCCCCUCUUGCUCUGUCUCAUCUGCAUGGUUGUCUACAUCGUCGCCGGCGGCGUCGUCCUGUGUCGUCUACUCGACAAGCAGCUCAACUACCUCAACAGCAUCUACUUCUGCUUCAUGCUCCUCACGACCAUCGGCUACGUGGAGAAUGCCUUCUCGGAGAACCACUUGCUGUCGCUCAAGUACGAACCCGGCAGGAGUCGGCAUGCGAAUAACCUGGCCGUCUGGUUCUGCUCUUUUUAUAUCAUCUUCGGCAUGGCGCUCACCGCCAUGUGCUUCAGCAUCAUACACGAGGAGGUCAUCACCAGGCUCAAGCAGCACUAUCGGAGCCUCCUCGCCGAGCCGAAAGCCGAGUCUAAAGACGGGUCCUUGAUGACCAAGUUAGCUAGCGGUAGCAGUAGUAAUAUUAUCGAUGGGAACGAGCGGGGUUUGUUGCAAUACACGAUGCCCAACUCCUGACAGCAGCUCAACAACCACGUGGCGGACAGUCUCGACGGGAACGGGUUGAACUUGCCGUUCGUCCACGAUACGAGCUUCAUCCAGACUCCGGAGAUCGUGGCCAUCACCACCAAGAACCCCACCGACUCCAUCAUCAACAGUAUCAAGUUCCAAGGGGUUGGGGUCGGGGUGGGGGUGGUGCAGCCCCCUUCGCUGGAGCCGCAGCCCGACUUCGAUGAGGUUCUCGAGGAGCCGUUGGGUACUAUGAGUGUCCUCCACGAGGUCGAUGAGACCCUCGACGAUUGAUGUCCAGCUAUGUUGCGGAUCCACGCCUUCACUUCCAUUUUUCUACGUUUUCUAAUUCCACUAUUUUUCCUACUUGACGUUCCGAGUUAAAAAACAAGUCAAUUACCAUUUUGAUUGUAUCUGAAAGAAGUGAUCCGAGUCACAAGGACAUAUUUCUGAUGAAAGGAACCGGAGACGCGUGAGAAAGAAGGUGUGUGCUUGUUAGUCGAGGGCAGUAAAAAUGAAUGGGAAUUAUAAAGCGCCAGUGACGUCAGCGGCGACGACGGACGGGAGCGACGGUAAUGGCGUCUUAAACUCAUGAGCCCUGUCCACAACGCCCUUUUGUCAUGCUCACGGCUCACGAGUGCCGCAUACAGUGGCGCCUAUACCUAGUUCCGUUUGGUAAAAUAAUGUAAAAUCCCGCUUUUCCAUUUCCCCAAACCCAAGUAGCACAGAUUGCAAUAAAUAG